AUGUCGUCAACUCUUAUCGCAGUCCUUCUUGGCACUCUUUCAAUGGCGUCGGCAGCAAUCGUACCGACGAGCAACAGGACAACCAUUAUCGAGAGAGAUGUUGUCAUUCUAGGCGGAGGUGCUUCUGGAGCUCACGCAGCCGUGAGACUCCGCGAAGAUAAUAAUAAGACAAUUGUUAUCGUAGAGAAACAGAACCGGAUCGGUGGUCAUGUGGCAACGUUCACGGAUCCCGGGACAGGAAAUCCAUACGACUUUGGCGUGAACUCAUACACAGAUUACGGCGGCGCCCGUGACUUCUUCGCCCGCUUCAAUAUUCCGGUGCAGACUCCUGUGAGACAGGCAUUGACGACUACGUAUGCCAACUUCAAGACAGGAAAGACCACCAACUAUUCCCUGCCGGCCUCUGCGGACGCUACAGCUGCCCUGAAGGCUUAUCUCGAGCAAUGCGAGAAGUACGAAUCGUAUAUUCUUCCCUCCUACGCAAACUUCCCAGACCCGACCGUUGGGGUUCCUGAAGACCUUACCCUGAAGUUCUCCGACUUCGUCGAGAAGCAUAAUCUGCAGGCUGCUGUUCCUCGCAUCUUUCAGAUCACCGGCCUAGGAUUGGGCAACAUCGCCGACCAGACUACCUUGUAUGUCAUGCAGAGCUUCGGCGCACCCAUCACUCGGUCGUUCUUGGGCACGGUUGGCUCCUUCGUGCCUGUAUCCAGGCGUAACCAAGACAUCUACGAUGCUAUUGCGAACCUCCUCGGCGACGAUGUCCUUUAUUCAUCCACAGCUAUCCAGACUUCCCGUACCGAAGAUGGCGUGGAGGCUCUUGUCCGUGGUCCCGACAGCGAGCAAACACUCAUUCGAGCCAAGAAACUCCUCAUCUCUUUUGAGCCUACACUUGCCAACUUCGAUGGCAUUGAUAUCAGCGAUGAGGAGACAACCGUCUUCUCAAAGUGGGAGUGGACUACUGUUCACGCCGGCAUCGUCUCUAACCCUUCCCUGCCUAUCAGCUAUUCCCUCACGAACAACGUUCCCACCAAUUGGAUCUCCCUUCCCGAAACUCCCUUCGUUGGUCGCUUCGACUACCUCGGCGAUGACAACUUCCGUGUGCUCAUUACCGGCUCCUCCGAUUACGACAGUACUCAGGCGCAAGCGCUGGUCAGGAAGUCCCUCCAAUUGCUAGCUGACGCGGGCACGAUCCCGAACCUCGGCACCGAGCAGCUCAAUGUGAAGGCCUGGGCUAAUCAUGGUGCCGUGAGUUUGCGCGUUUCUGGCGCUGAGCUGGCAGCUGGCCAUAUUACCGAGCAGUACGCUCUUCAGGGUCAGAGAAACACAUACUACACGGGAGCUGCAUGGUCUGCGCAAUUCACCACUAUUUUGUGGGAGUAUAACAACCAGUACCUCUUACCAAAGCUGCUGGCAGAGCUUUGA